CCCCGUCAGUAGCUGAGCCGCCAUUUUGUAGUGCGUUCUUCUAUUCUGCAUCAUCUCCUUCGAACUGACGCGAUUUUUACGAAACACUAAAAGUUGUGUUGACCAGUAACCACCAUGAAACUAUAGGUUGCGAGGUCCCUCCCCUGCAUCCAGAGAUAAGCUAGCUUCUGGUUCGGCACCGUUGCCACAUUCAGGGUAGAAAUGGAAGAUUCCAGCUGUGAACAUUCCUUGGAAGAGCAGUGUGUUGGGCAUCCUGGGAAGGAGAUGGACCAUCCUGGACACCCUGGGAAGGAGAGUGACAGCAGGGAGACCCAGACAACAGACAUGGGCCUGCAGCAGGAAACGUGUGAUGUGAACUUUCCCCAACCUGACAACACAUCAACCUCACAGGUACAGGAGAGCAGAGGUGAUAUGGAAAGGCAUGUGGUUAAACACACCGGUGCGAAACCCUACAUGUGUGGGGAGUGUGGAUACAGGACAGAAAGAAAGUCUAACUUUUCCCGACAUACUAGGACCCAUACAGGAGAAAGACCUUACAAGUGUGACCAGUGUGACUAUUCUGCUGCACGGAAGUCUUCUUUGGAUAAACAUCUACAAAUACACAGGGGUGAGAAACCCUACAUGUGUGGGGAGUGUGGGUACAGGACAGCUCAAAAGUCUGACUUAUCCAAACACAUGAGAACCCACACAGGAGAGAAGCCCUACAAGUGUGACCAGUGCGACUAUUCUGCAGUACACAAAUCCGACUUGGACAAACAUCUAGCAACACACACUGGCGAGAAACCUUACAUGUGUGGGGAGUGUGGGUACAGGGCUGCUAGAAAGUUUAACUUAUCCCAACACAUGAAAACACACACAGGGGAAAAACCCUACAAGUGUGGCCAGUGUGACUUUUCUGCUAUACAGAAAUACGAUUUGGUCAAACACAUAAGAAAACACACCGGUGAGAAACCCUACAUGUGUGGGGAGUGUGGGUACAGAACAACAACAAAGUCUGACUUAUCCCGACACAUGAGAACCCACACAGGAGAGAAACCUUACAAGUGUGACCAGUGUGACUAUUCUGCUGCAGAUAAAUCGGCUUUGACCAAGCACCUUUUCAAACACAGUGAUGAGAACCCCUACACGUGCGGGGAGUGUGGAUUCAAGACGGAUAGCAAUUCUCACUUAUCCCGACAUAUGAGAACCCAUACAGGAGAGAAACCCUACAAAUGUGACCUGUGUGACUUUGCUGCUGCAGACAAAUCCUCUUUUAACCGACAUGUAAGAAAACACACCGGUAAAAGGACCUAGAUGUGCGGAGUGUGUGGGAACAGGGCAACUCAAAUGUCGAGCUAGCCAAGCAUAUAAGAACCCACAGAAGAGGAAACAAUACAUGUACAACCAUGUUUUUAGUGUUACUGCUGGCAUCUAGGACAUCUCACCCUUAUCUGAUUUUCAGAAGACGUACGAAAGAAACUAAAUCCACAAGUGUGACAACUGUACAGCAAACAGUACAUAGUCCAUUUACCUACAGAUCAUUGGGGGGGGGGGGCGAGAUCUAAAUCACACGCCUCUCGCUACAAAUUGAACAGGCGCUAGCGCCUGAUUGGUGGACCGGCGGGUGGCGAAGUUGGCUGUGAUUGGCUUAUUCUGGCACUUCGGGGUUACAAUUAUUCAGACAAAAUGGCCGCCGUUGGAUGUGGCCGAGGACGAUGUUUUCCCAAGGAGGUCCUUGGUUUUCCCGACUUCUGCGUAAUUUCUCAGCGAAAAAGUAGGUUUGUAAAGAGAUUGUCAACAUUUAAUCCAAAAAACAUACUCGAGUUUAUUUUCACGUAGAUGUUACUGGCCGAAAUCCUAUAACGUUAGUGUACUUAAAGUUAACGUAAACCAUGCAAAUUGCGUUAUUCUGCUCAAACGGCUUCGAGGUUUUUGUAGAGUUGGGGAUCAUAAAAUGACGAUACCAAAUAUGUUAUGGACAGGAUGAAGUUCCACGAAACAUAUUGAUGACACAUUUGUAACAUCUUCAUACAUUGAAUGUACUCACUGUUUAUGUGAAGGAGGAGCGGCACUUUUUUCAGUAUCGCUACAUGUGAUUAAUUACCUCCUUGUUAAUUACUAAAUCCCUCUUCAAGUUUUGAGUUAGAACCUUGAUAAAAAUGCAUAAGUUAAUCUUAUACGUUACAUCACGUUAUAUAACCUCCUUGGUUACAUUCGCGUGUCCCCUAUAUAACAAUAUACACCAUGAUAAUAUGAACUGACUCCGUGUGCACUUGGGUCUAUAAAGUAUAGAUUAUUUGCCUUGCUGACCAACAGUUUUAUGAUGACAUCUACCUGAGAAAUAUUUGUGUGGUGCAUGGUCAGAAUGGU